AUGGGUCUGAGGUUGUGGCAGCAGCUGGCGAGGAUGGUGGUGGUGGUGGCAGUGGUGGUGGCGGCGGCCGAGGUGUGCGCCGGGCAGUGUGCGGCCAAGACGGUGCUGACGGCUGUCCGCCAUGAACAGAGGUCGUUCACCGACGGCACCUCGCCUUCCACCACCUACGGCCACUCGCUCUCGUGCGCAUGGCUGUUGGAGGCCGAGAAUGCGACAGACGUGGUCAAUCUGGAGAUUGUGAGGUUACAGACCGAAUGCGGCUGGGAUGCGGUCUUUGUCUACGACGGUCCAGACCGCGACGCCCCGCAGCUCGCCGCCCUCUCCGGCCAGCUCACCCCUCACACUGUCGUGGUCUCGACAGGCCGGUACAUGCUCGUCCACUUUCACUCAGACCUCAACGAAGCGCGGUUUGGCUGGGAGCUUGCAUACUCUUCAUCGCCAUGCCCGGCCAACUGCUCGGGCCUGGACGUGUGCGGAAGCGGCGCCGUGUGCAACUGCCCGCCCGGGCUCGCUGGCCCGGCAUGUGCGUCGCCGGCAAGCCUACCUGCUCCCGCACCGAGCACGCCCUGGCAGAUCCCGCACGCCCGAUCCGGCGCGAACGUGAUGUGCGGCGGUGCCGAGUGCGUCUUGUUUGGCGGCGAGUCGCUCGACGCCCGGACGUUUGCCGACGUUUGGCACCUCGACGCGCCGCCAUCGAGCUCGGAUCCAUGGUUGUGGACGGCGCUUGCGCCGCUGCCGGCUGAUGGUGAUGACACAAGCGGAUUUCCGGUCCCGGUCACCUUUGCAGCCGCGAGCGUGGUGAAUGAGACGCUGCGAGUGGCAGGCGGGCGCAAGGCGUCGGGCGAUCCGUCAGGCGAGAUGUGGGAGCUGACCGGGGUCGGCAGCGAAGCGACUGUUGGCAACUGGACCUUUGUGGCGGUGCCGGACCCUGUCGACACCAGUCAUCCAAGCCAGGUUUACGCCGCGGCGAGCGCCGUCCUAGCGUCGGAGAGCACCUGGUUUGUCUUUGGCGGGUAUCUGCCAGACGGCGGGUUUUCGGACAAGCUGUGGGCAUGGCAGCUCGGCAGCGGAGACACCGGGUUUGAGCUCGUGGCAACGCUUGCGGGCGUCCGUCCCGAGCCACGGGCGCAUGCCUCGCUGACGCCGGUCACGCUGGGACGCAACGCGACCGAGCCAGACGCGCUAAUGCUGUUUGGAGGAACCGAGCUGCUUGUAGCGUACACAUCUGACGUGUGGUUGUACUACCCCGCUCGGGCGCAGUGGGCGCGGAUCAUGGGCUCUGGAACAGCCGGCACGCCGCAGCCGCAGUAUGGGCAGCUCGCGCUGCCGUACACUGCUAGAUCAGGCGCGUCGUACGUGUUCUUGCUGUUUGGCAAGGAGUCGCCGCAGUUUCUCUCGCACGAGUGCUACGCCAACGAUGUAAUGGUCUUUGACGUGGCGCGGGGGCUGUGGCACACAUUGCCGCCGGUGCCGGCGACGGCAGCGCCACUUGCACGGACGAUGAGUAGCGGCGGUGUGGUUGCCACCAGCAACUACACAUCGCUGGUGGUAGUCGGCGGCUUCCACGGAGUGAGUCUCGACGACGUGUGGGAGUACAAGCUCGCGUUGUGCGCUGAGGGGGAUGAAUGCCCGUAUGGGUCGCCACUGCACCCGCCGCCGUCGCGGUGCGUGCGGCACAGCGAGUGCACAGCGUGCGCCGGCGAUCCGGGCUGCGGAUGGUGCGCUGAGACUGGGCUCUGCGAGGCAGAGGCCGGCUCGUGCUCGAGCUGGCUCGAGACGACGUGCCCGGCCGACGAGUGCUCUGCGCACACGAGCUGUGUUGACUGCGUAGCAGAUCCGGGCGGGAUGGGAUGCUCGUGGUUUGCAGGAACGCAGAGCUGCGGGAGCGGGUCAGGCGGGGCUAGCGAGUGCCCGCUGCCGUGCACCCAGAGGCAGUCGUGCGAAGACUGUAUUGCCGACAGCAGUUGCCAGUUCUGCCCAAACAACUUCCGGUGCACCGAUGCGAACACGUUUUCAAUCUGCGGCACGUCUGUGUUGGAGGCUGGUGACAGCUGCCCGGCCAAGUGCGAGGCGCAGAGCAGCUGUGCUACUUGCACCGACUCGGCGAUCGCUCAGGGCUGCAUGUGGUGUGGGCGAAUGGAGAGCUGUAUUCUCCUGUUCACGUACCAGGGCGUCUCACCGUAUGCCGAUUGCUUCGACUGGGUGUUUGGCGCGAACACAUGCCCUGUGGGGUGCGAGCAGCACGCCGAGUGCGGGACGUGUACUGCAGAUCCAAGCUGCGGCUGGUGCCCCAACAGCGGCAAGUGCGUCGCGGGCGACUUUUCGGGGCCGGACAACGGCGAGUGUGGGUCAGAAUACGCGGGGCCGGACGUGACUCCGCUGGAUCUGGAGUGGGACUUUGUGGCGUGCGCGUGCGCCGGGACGAGCGAGUGUGGAGCGUGUGUGGAAGACCCGCGGUGCGGGUGGUGUGCAACAACAGCGAGGUGUCACCGAGCCAACGGAACGGACGUGCUCGAGUGGGACGCGGUCUGUCCCGAGGCGUUUGAUGUCGGCGAGUGCCACAACUGCACAGCCGUGGCCGAGGCCAACGGUGCGCUGGGCUGCGCUAGCUGCACCAGCGAUCUCAAGUGCGGAUGGUGCGAGGCGAGUGGUGAGUGCCUUCGCGGCGGACCGUCGGGCUCUGCGCUCUGCCCAUCAACGCCAGUGCUUGCGGGAUGGGACUACGGGCAGUGCCGAAGCUGCCCGACCGAGGCAGAGUGCGAGGAGUGCACGGCGGAGAGCCACUGCGGGUACUGCGUGGUGGAGGACAAGUGCGUGCGCGGCGACACGCUCGGCCCGUUUGGCGGGCAGUGCGGUGUGAGGAGCGGAUGGGACUACAGCGCGUGCAACACGUUCUGCCAGAAGAAGCAUGCGACGUGCUCAGAGUGUGUGGCUGACGACAAGUGCGGGUGGUGCUGCGAUAGCGGAACGUGCUCGGCCGGCGAGAUGUGCGUCAACUUUCACGAGACGGCGUGCCCAACUUGGUGCGUGGGUCUCGACGACGGCCCGACGUGCGUGACAGCGCUCGGCGGCGGGGCGCCGACGGCAGGCGUCGGGCUCUGCCUUGGCGAUGGCAUUGCGGCGUGGUCCGACGGCUACUGCCCGGCAGACUGCAGCCAGGGGGUGACCUGCGAGUCGUGUGCAAUUUUGGACCACUGCGGAUGGUGCGGAGACGUAGGCGAGUGCAGAACGCUGCUGUCGCUCGAGACGCAGCCGUGCGCCAACUGGCUCUCGUCCCGGUGCGACAUCGAGCUGCCGUACUCUGAAGCCAUCGGCGGGCCUAGCGGCGUGACGGCUUCAGGUGUGCUGGUCAUCUAUGCGCUCACCUUUUUCAUCGGCACAGUGUUUGGAGUCGGCAUGCUGGUGUGUGUAGUGCGGCGGUUCGAAGACAACUUGCGCGGGCCCAACGCAGCGACGCUGAUGCAGCAGCAGCGGGCGCUGCUCAACAUGCGGGCUGCGCACGCGGCGCGCCAGCAGCAAGUCCCGCCGAUUCUGCGGGUGGUGGUUCCGGCGCCUGGCGCGCCCGAGUCGGCCAUCGACGUGCCGCCCGGCGCAAGCCAGCGCAAGUCUCAGCACUUUUGCGUGCAGGACGCGGCCGGCGAGGCGCCGGUGGUCUACGCUGUGCUGCGGCAGCCGACUGCGAUGCGGAGCAGUGAUACUGCGUACUAUGCCGGCGACGACGACGAGCAGCCGCCAGUCCGCGGCCUGGUGCUGGGCAUGAUGGUCGGCGGAGCGGCGGUGAGUGACAAGGCCAAGCGUGUGGCCCGCCACGGCGAGCUGGCGUCGCUGCCCUCGAUGCCGAGCCUCCAUCGCCUCCCUGCGUCCUCGGAUGACGACAAGGUCAGCAGCAGGCCGUCGAGCGGUGGCGGAACGCGCGAAGAGCGUGGCGUCUCGGUCUCGAUGUCGGGCGUGGUAGUGUCAGACGUGCCGGUGAGCCGUGUGUGAUGAAUCAUAACAGAGUGAAUAUCGG